UAAGCUUUUGGUCCGCUUGCCAUCUCCUUCCCCAAUUGUAGCCAUGGGAAAUCUUCUCUCCUGUCGGGCUCCCACCAGCAAGUUCAUCUUUCUGCCAGACGGCAAAGCUCGCCCGAUCGAAAGCUCGAUGACAGUUGCAGAGCUCAUGCUCGAGCACCCGUGCCAUUUUGUUGCUGAGCUUACGAGCGGCAGACCAGUUCCGCUUCCAGCUGAUUAUAAACUAGAUGCAAAGGUGGCAUAUGUUGUGCUACCGAUGACAAUAGGAAAAGUGGCGGCGAGGUCGAAGUCUCUACCGACUAUAUUGAAAGAUGAAUCGUCGGAGUUGAUGGAAGGCGGUUCGGAGAUUUUGCUACAUAGGCAGUACUCGAGCAAGGGGUGGAAGCCGAGCUUGGGGACCAUAGAGGAGUGGUCUUUGGUGAAGAAGGUGCCGCAUUGGCUCUUUUGAUGUUGAAGGUUUGCCAUUGAGAAGUCCAAAGGGGAGGUGACUGAGAACAGGAGACUGAUAGCUACUGCUGUAGUUUGAGAGGUUUGGAAAUAUGUCAUUUUUAAAUUUAAGGAUAAAAAAUUAUGCAAUUUUAAUUUGUUGUAUAAAUCUGCCUGUAAAUUUGGGAAUUAUAAGAGUGUUUGAGUAAAUUUAUAGAUCUUAUUAUGAUUAUUAAUUUUAUUUUUCCAAACAUUUGUAAAGGUCAAUCAACAAUUUAAAAAAAUAUAUAUUUUUUGAUGAUCAAAUGAACUAUA